ACAGCUUCCCUCGUUGUUCACAUGAGGCCGCUUUCAUCCCAGAGCCCCCGACACAACUUUAUCAUCAUGAACUCAGCCAGAGAAGACGGUAAAGGAUCUGAACUGCAGCUGCCCAGACGUCUGCAAGGUGCUUAAAUGUGCAUAUUAGAAACAAGCUAAAGAUGCAAGGGGCCAUUGCAAGAGUGUGUAUGGUGGUGGCUGCUGCCAUUUUAAACCACCCGCUGCUCUUUCCGCAAGAGAACACCACGCUCCCAGAGCAGGACGAAGAGCUGAUCGCUCGCAUGCGGGAGCACGAGGAGAGGCUGGAAAUAGAGCAGGCCCGGCUGGAGAAAGAACUUCAACAGCUGGAAUCAAAGCAGGAAGAAACCAGCUCAGAGGAAGGUUACAGUUGGUACUUUUGGAGCACUUUGUCUUUCGUCAUAUUCUUCACUAUCGAGAUGUACAAGGUGGAUCUUUCCGACGCAGAAACCCGGCCAGUUGAGGAUGAAGACAUGCUUUCAGACAAUGGAUCCGUCACUCCCGGGACAAUGGUGCUGGAUAAGGGUGUCCUGAGAAACUUUUGCGACAAAUGCACGUACACUUCAGCACAUGAAAACUGGAGGGUGAGGGAGUUUGUCGAAGGUUUUGCAGAUGACUUGCUGGAGUCGCUCAGGAGCUUGUGUGACAGGGAAGCAGACAUGGAAGUCGGGGAUUUUGUCGGCAUUGGAAGCAUGUUUGAGUCUUGGAAGGUGUGCAAGCCGCUGACGUGCGACCUUAUAGUGCCUUUCUCGCCUCCAGAUCCGUACUCCUUCCAGUUUCACCUGUGGUGCAGCCCCUCCAGUGACAUGCCUCCAGACAUGCAGGGCUGCGGCAAAAUAAAGGUGACCAGGUUUGGGGAGAAUGAGGAGGCCUGUCUCUGUGGCUCUGCUAACCUGGGAGAGGACAUGCUUUGUCUGUUGCACAGCAGGGACGACACACUCAAAGUGGACCACAGCCCUGAUGAACUACUGUGCGCCAGAAACACACGUUUUUUAGCCAAAGAUCAAGUCAUGAAGUGGUUUCAGAUCUCUGUGACCAAAGCGUGGGGACGCAUCUCACACAAGUACGAUUUUGAGGUCACUUUUCGCAACCUGGAUGCCGCUGGUGCUCUGAAGAUCCGGUUCCGUUCAGGGAAAGUCGUCAUGAUGAACAUCAUCCCAGUGGUUCAGCUGGAAGAUACGGAUGCUUAUUUUGUCUCACACUUUCCAUCAGACUGUGACAGCUCCCCUGAUCCGUACUGGCCCCUCUCUUUUGCUGUCUACGAGAGGAAUUUGUUGAAACAUUUUACUAAACGCCUACCACAAAAUUCCUGUCAUUUACACUGCCUUCAGAUUCUAACUUUCCUACACAGAAAGCAGACAGGGAUUACAGGAAAAAGUGCCCUCACUAACUACCACCUAAAGACUGCUCUGUUGCACUUACUGCUAACUAAAAGACCCUCUCUUUGGGGCACCGAGAGUAUGGAGCACAGGCUUCGGGACGUGCUCAGCUAUGUGCAGAGGAGCUUACAGGAGAAGAGACUUCAUCAUGUUCUGAUCGGGAACAAUAAAGUGCCAGAGGAAGUACACGUUCCUGAGAUCAUUCGCAAAGCAGAGCCCAUCAAUCUGUUGCGGUCUCUGGUGUUGCAGAGGGGACUUCAUGCCGCAACACUCAGGCAUUUCAAUGAGAUGUUGAGAAAUGCACCAGCGCUCAUACAAGAGUACACACCUCACAUGUCAAACGGAGGUUUGCACCACAGCCUGAAUGACAGUUUGUGAGCUUUGGCCAUGUGUCUUUUCCUGGUUAAAGUACAAGCAGAAUAUCAUACGAGUACUCUAACAAAAAGGUCCACAUAGUUAUUUUAGUUACGGCUGAUAUCUUGACAUUUGGCAUGGUUUUUGCUUCAGCUGCUUUCUUUGCACUUAACAAGGUAACCAGUUUUAAUAAGGGACCUCAAACAAUAAAAAGAGAAUUUCAACAGAAGGUUGUUUGAAAAUCACAUUGCAAAACAGUGUGUUUCCUACAUGACUCAAUGGGUAUAUUGUUUACCUACAUAGAGUUUAGAGGUGCACAAUAUUUUUUGCUGAUAUCCGAUAUGCCAUAUAACAACUCAUUUGGCCAAUAACCAAUACCGAUAUUGAUAUAUCCACUCUUUUCCCUACCUAAUUUACUGAUCUUCAGGUCUCCUCUGUAGUGAGAUUAACAUUAUUUUAUGCAUUCUGUUAUUGUGAUGGCCCACCAGCAGAUGAAGACAUAAAAUACAGUGGUUUUGACUGUAUCGAGCCUUAUAAUCAUUUAUUUUGCAAAAUAAGAAAAUACUUAAACUUAGGGUUGAUGUUUUGUACAUGUUCACUUUGUCAGUUUAAAAAAAUACCAGUUUGUAAUGUCGCAGAAAUCAACAUGUUAGCCAAUUCAGAUAUUUCAUUUUAAAGCCAAUAUCGGCCGAUAUCGAUGACUUGCUGGUUAUUAUCAUGCAUCUCCAGUAGAGUUACUUUAUAUUCAGAGUGUAGGAUUAUUUCUGAAGCUUACAAGUCCUAUUUCUUGUUUUAUGAGUACAACCUGCAGGAGAGGUUUUUAGAAGAUAUUCCUCCACCUUUAAAAGGAUCAGCAACAACAAAUCUACAUGAAAGAUGAUAAUUAUAGAAAUGUGUUUCACCAUUUACCUGAAAAAAGACAAAACACUUUCGUCUGUCCGGGAAACGUUUUCACAAGAAUACCUCUCAUAUUAUGCCAGUGUAAAGGUGAAAUAAUAGUGCUUCAGGGAUGACUUUUCAUUGACAGACCUGGAAAGUGUUAUCCUGGUUCCCACAACAAAAAGCCAAAGGAAUUUGACGACUGGAUUUUGAAAUAUGGCAGAAAGUAAGUUCUGUGGCAAACAACAGUUUUUGAUACUUGCAUGUUUUGUUCAGCAAGAUAAUCUCCACAAAUAUACACUGCUCUCAUAAUUUUUGAAGCAACUUCAGAAUUCACGAGUUUGGUAUUUAUGGACUGAUUUUAUGUUGUUGACAAACCAUGAGAAUAUCCUAUCCUCGUGUAAACCACAGACCAUAUUUUAGGCAUCUAACAAUUAAAUAAUUAUAAAAAAUAUACUGACUCAGAGAAGGGGGAACAGUAAGUAUAAAAAUGCUAACUCACUUCCGGGCUUUAGAUCUCAUUCCUGUACCACUCCAAUUUUCAAGCAGUAUAGCAGUAUGUUUGUUCUCAUUCAUACUGUUGUAUAUCUGAUGGCAGCUAUAACAAUAUACAAUAUUUUUAUAUUGUUUAUUAGAAAGCAAAAUUUUGCUUCCUAAUUAUCCUCCCUUAUACACUUGUACUGUAUUAUCCAGUUAUCUCUAGUUAGCCUGGGGUAAAACAUAAUGUAGUUUUUUUGUGUAUUAUAACACAGACAGAAAAUCUGUGAGUCAUUGAAUCUACAAUUUUUAUUAGAAAAAUCAC